UAUUAUUUACCUCUCUGAUACAUGGUCAGGAUUGUUUGAUUAUGAUAACCAAUAUGUGAAAUGAUGAUAAUAAAUACUAAUAUUAUAAAUUAAAAUUCCUAGAUUGAAAGUCAAGUGCUUUGGAAAUAAACUGUACAAAUCAUUUGUUCAAUAACUGGGAUUUGUCUAAGUAUAUUUUACUAUACUUUAGAUAGCUCAUUAAUGCUAUUUUUUGGUUUCUAGAGCAAUGUUGACCCCAGGGAUGAUGUAUUUGGAUAUCCUCAACAAUUUGAAGAUAAACCAGCAUUAAGUAAAACGGAAGAUAGGAAAGAGUACAAUAUUGGUGUGCUAAGACACCUUCAAGUCAUCUUUGGUCAUUUAGCUGCUUCUCGACUACAAUAUUAUGUGCCCAGAGGAUUUUGGAAGCAGUUCAGGCUUUGGGGUGAGCCUGUUAACCUACGUGAACAACACGAUGCUUUAGAAUUUUUUAAUUCAUUGGUGGAUAGUUUAGAUGAAGCUUUAAAAGCCUUGGGACAUCCAGCUAUGCUAAGUAAAGUCUUAGGGGGUUCGUUUGCUGAUCAGAAGAUUUGCCAAGGCUGCCCGCAUAGGUACGAAUGUGAAGAAUCUUUUACGACUUUAAACGUAGACAUUAGAAAUCACCAAAAUCUUGUUGAUUCUUUGGAACAAUAUGUCAAAGGAGAUUUACUAGAAGGUGCAAAUGCGUAUCAUUGUGAAAAGUGCAAUAAAAAGGUUGAUACCGUAAAGCGCUUGCUGAUUAAAAAAUUACCUCCUGUUCUUGCUAUCCAACUAAAACGAUUUGACUAUGAUUGGGAAAGAGAAUGUGCAAUCAAGUUCAAUGAUUAUUUUGAAUUUCCCCGAGAGCUAGACAUGGAACCUUACACAGUUGCAGGUGUUGCAAAGCUGGAAAGAGAUAAUGUAAACCCAGAGAGUCAAUUGAUACAACAGAAUGAGCAGUCUGAAAGUGAGACAACAGGAAGCACAAAAUACAGACUUGUGGGUGUGCUCGUACACAGCGGUCAAGCAAGUGGAGGACAUUACUAUUCUUACAUUAUUCAAAGGAAUGGUGGAGAUGGUGAGAGGAAUCGCUGGUAUAAAUUUGAUGAUGGUGAUGUAACAGAGUGUAAAAUGGAUGACGAUGAAGAAAUGAAAAACCAGUGUUUUGGUGGAGAGUACAUGGGAGAAGUAUUUGAUCACAUGAUGAAGCGCAUGUCAUAUAGGCGCCAGAAAAGGUGGUGGAAUGCUUAUAUACUCUUUUAUGAACGAAUGGACACAAUAGACCAAGAUAAUGAGUUGAUAAGAUAUAUAUCGGAGCUUGCUGUCACCACGAGACCUCAUCAGAUCAUUAUGCCAUCAGCCAUUGAGAGAAGUGUACGGAAACAGAAUGUACAAUUCAUGCAUAACCGAAUGCAGUACAGUUUGGAGUAUUUUCAGUUUAUGAAAAAACUGCUUACAUGUAAUGGUGUUUACUUAAACCCUCCUCCAGGUCAGGAUCACCUAUUACCUGAAGCAGAAGAAAUCACUAUGAUCAGUAUUCAACUUGCUGCUAGGUUCCUCUUUACUACAGGAUUUCACACAAAGAAAAUAGUCCGUGGCUCUGCCAGUGAUUGGUAUGAUGCAUUGUGUGUUCUCCUUCGUCAUAGCAAGAAUGUACGUUUUUGGUUUGCUCAUAAUGUCCUUUUUAAUGUUUCAAAUCGCUUCUCCGAAUACCUUUUGGAGUGCCCUAGUGCAGAAGUGAGGGGUGCAUUUGCAAAACUUAUAGUUUUUAUCGCACAUUUUUCCUUACAAGAUGGGCCAUGUCCUUCACCUUUUGCAUCUCCUGGACCUUCUAGUCAGGCUUAUGACAACUUAAGCUUGAGUGAUCACUUACUAAGAGCAGUACUAAAUCUCUUGAGAAGGGAAGUUUCAGAGCAUGGGCGUCAUUUACAGCAGUAUUUCAACCUGUUUGUAAUGUAUGCCAAUUUAGGUGUGGCAGAGAAAACACAGCUUCUGAAAUUGAGUGUACCUGCUACCUUUAUGCUUGUGUCUUUGGAUGAAGGUCCAGGUCCUCCAAUUAAAUAUCAGUAUGCUGAAUUGGGCAAAUUAUACUCAGUAGUGUCACAGCUGAUUCGCUGUUGCAAUGUCUCAUCAAGAAUGCAGUCUUCAAUCAAUGGUAAUCCUCCUCUUCCCAAUCCUUUUGGUGAUCCUAAUUUAUCACAACCUAUAAUGCCAAUUCAGCAGAAUGUGGCAGACAUUUUAUUUGUGAGAACAAGUUAUGUGAAGAAAAUCAUUGAAGACUGCAGUAACUCAGAGGAAACUGUCAAAUUGCUUCGUUUUUGCUGCUGGGAGAAUCCUCAGUUCUCAUCUACAGUCCUCAGUGAACUUCUCUGGCAGAUUGCAUAUUCCUAUACCUAUGAACUGCGGCCCUACUUGGAUCUGCUUUUGCAAAUCUUACUGAUUGAGGACUCCUGGCAGACUCACAGAAUUCAUAAUGCACUGAAAGGAAUUCCGGAUGACCGAGAUGGGCUGUUUGACACAAUCCAGCGCUCUAAGAAUCACUAUCAAAAAAGAGCAUACCAAUGUAUAAAAUGUAUGGUAGCUCUGUUUAGUAAUUGUCCGGUUGCUUAUCAGAUCCUUCAGAGCAACGGAGAUCUUAAAAGAAAGUGGACCUGGGCAGUGGAAUGGCUUGGAGAUGAACUUGAAAGAAGACCGUAUACUGGCAAUCCUCAGUAUACUUACAACAAUUGGUCUCCCCCUGUACAAAGCAAUGAAACAUCAAAUGGUUAUUUCUUGGAGAGAUCACAUAGUGCUAGGAUGACACUUGCAAAAGCUUGUGAACUCUGUCCAGAGGAGGUAAAAAAAGCCACCAGUGUGCAGCAGAUAGAAAUGGAAGAGAGCAAAGAACCAGAUGACCAAGAUGCCCCAGAUGAGCAUGAGUCGCCUCUGCCUGAAGAUGCCCCAUUGUACCCUCAUUCACCUGGAUCUCAGUAUCAACAGAAUAACCAUGUGCAUGGACAGCCAUAUACAGGCCCAGCAGCACAUCACAUGAACAACCCUCCGAGAACUGGCCAACGAGCACAAGAAAACUAUGAAGGCAGUGAAGAAGUAUCCCCACCUCAAACCAAGGAUCAGUGAAAUGCACAUAAUUAACUGGUUCCAUCAAGACUGUGCACCCAGGCCUUACAGUCCAACCUUUUUCUGUGUCUGGCUAAUAUUUAAAACUAGAAAAACUAUUCCUAAUCAACAUGGAGUGGAGAGUUUAUUCACUGUCUUAUCUGCAGAAAUUUGCUGUCAAUAUAUAACCCGCCUGCAGUGGAAAGUGUAUAGUGUUUUGUAAUAAAUGGCCUGAUGCUAAUGUGUAAAUGGCAAAGGUGUAUAUAGUAUAUUAAUGUUUGACUGUUAAUUCUUAAGCAAGAAAUUUUUUCUUGAUGAGACUCACAGAUCUACAAAAACUACAAAAGUUCAUUUUCUUGUUAUACCCACUGCACUCUGCAACCAGUGUUGCCUGCCUCAUGGCAGUUGGAUCAACUCAAAAACAAAAAAUAAACCAACAACAACAAAACAGAGCCUAUUCAUGUCAGCCACACCAAUAGUUUCAUGUUCAUUCUUUGCCACUGGCGUCAGUUUUACUAUGAGCAAUGUAAGGCUGGUAACCUUUAAAUUAUUUGGUUGAUGUGGAAAAUUGGUGAUGUAACAUUGUUUCUAGGUCUUUUUCAUUGCCUUUUUAUUCUGAUAUUAGGUUAAUCACUUUGGAGCUAUAGUUAUGCUGUAACAUUUAGCAUGGCUUCACACCAAGUUAGUGUAGCCAGUGAGGAAAAAAUUACCAUAAUGACAGCAGUUGUCCGAAAAGUGACAACUGUAUUGCUCAGAGCUUUUCCUUCUUACACCUAGAAUAUAAAAUAUAAAACAAGGGGAGAAAUGUGACAAACAGGCUGUUUUCAGUUGCACAUAUGUUCCUUAUAUCUAAUGUUUGACAGUUCAGUCUCUGGGUGGGAUAGAGAACACUUAAGUAUCAGUAAUGGGAAUUUUAAAAGAUGUAAAACAUAUGCAAAAAUUUGCUAUGCCAAGAUGCUGGAGCAUAAUAGAAGACUGUAUUUGGUGUGCUUGUUUUGUUUCUUUGGUAGAGCUUAUUAGAUGAAUCUUCUAAAACUUUACUUCUGCUGGAUCCCAGUGACAUGGAAGUCAUCAGGACCCCGCGGUGCUUGGAGUACCUCUGCACCAAGAUGUCUGGCUGAUUUUCGGCUCAGUCACAAUUUACUUGAAAGCAAAACUGUCCUAGCUCCUUUUCCAUUAUUCCAAAAAGUUUGACGUUCAAAGCAGGGUUUAAAUAAAAAAGAAACUAGUGGUUAAUAUAAUUGAGGUAUCACAAUUUCAGAAUAAACAUUUGAUUAAAAAUAAGAAACUCAUCAGUUAACACUGUAUUUAAAAGAGAAUUGGUAAUUUGAAUGUGUGUAAUUUUUUGGAACCUGUCUAAAAACCAAAUACCCCUGCAAACAGAUACAGCCCACCCUAUUCUAUUUAAGUAUUUUGCUGUUUUAUUUUAUAGAAAUUAUUUUGCUGAAUUCACAAAUAGAAUUUGAUUUAAGAAGAACUUUUUGUCCUGUGGUGUGUUUUGGGGUUUUUUUUUGGUUAUUUUUUUGUCCUUGUUUUUUUUUUUUUUUUUUUUUAAGGACUGCAUAUUAAAAUUUAUUCUGUGCAUAGCAUGCCUAGGCAUGACACUGAAUUGAGGAUUUCAGUCACAUUGAGUUUUUGUGCACAGAAAGAUUUGACCUUUGGCCCUUUGCUAAAGAUUCUAAGAAAACAGGAUGUUGACGCUGUAAGAGUUUCCUAACAUAAUCUUGUACUUUUUGUAUGUUUUUUAUAUACAUGUAUAUUUAAUGAGCACAAGCUUGGUUGUAUUUUUACAAUUCAGUUAAUAGGAAAACGUUUUGUCAAAAGGCUAUAGUUGGAACUGAACAAAACAGAAACAAAAUCGAGCAUCGCAUUAUUUUGUGAUUUAUAGGGGCAGGUAUUUAAGAUAAAGCUUUGGGUAUCACAUUUGCAGCACUCCAGUCAAUCUGUGCUUCUAGAUUUUCUGUAAUAUUAGGAAAUUUUGACAUCAGAUAGAUUGUUUUUACUUUAUAUUACAUUUGAAUUUAAGUUUGAAAGUCACACAGUUUUUACGCUUCCAAUUGGUAGUUUGAGUUCCUUGAUUACAAACUUCCUCAACAAAUGAAAUUGGAUAACUUUAUUUGGACAAGUCACUGUUGUUAAAUGCACUAUCUCACCAUCUGAGAGGCGAUUUUUUUAAUAUUUCCUGCUCCUUAACAAAAUACGUGAUGUACUUAAUUUUAAAAUUUUAAUGACUUCCUAGAUCAGAAAAACUUGACAUUUUAAAAGGCUGUGAAAUUUUCUCCUUGGAGGGAGAGUUCAGCGAUGGUUGCUUUGAAUUUACAAGCCCACUUGGGCUAGGGAAGGGCCUGUGAAUCAUUCUUCUUUUGAUGAAGAAAAUUCUGUGUUGUAACCAGGAGCAAGGAAGAGUGAAUGGAGUUAUUUUUGUUUGUGCAAAUUUUUUUCUAUAUUUAACUCUUAAGCAUUAAUGUAUAACCGGAAAUUUUAAGAUGCAUGUUCUUGUAAGAGCAACAGUGGUGAUUUUGAGAUCUUUUUCAGAACAUAAGUGGCACAUUUUAAAUUUCAAGUCUUCAAAGUGCCUAAAGAUUAGUUCAUUCUCCCUCAACUGAUUUUUUGAGUCAUAAAUUUAAAUGUUUGCGGAAUCACUAGUCUUCCUUUGAAAUAAGUACCCCCAGAAUUCUAAAUGGCAUGAUUUCUUAUAGAAGACAGUAGAAUCUGUUAACGUAAAGACUGAAGAUAUUUUAGUUGUAAAACUGUGUGACCAGGGGCUUUGCCCUGUUGGAUCUAAGUAUUUCAGUGCACAACUUGGUAAAAACCAUAUUGCUGCUGUUUCUAAGCCCUCCACCAAUCGAAUUUUCAUGUUCAGCAUUGUAGAGGCAGAAAUGACAAUCGUAUUUCAGGGUUUUUUUGUUUUGUUUUUUGCUUUCAUUGAUUUUUCUCUCGGUGAUAAUUUCCCAGCCUUGUGUCUUCUAGCUCUUCUGUAUACAAAUUUAGAAUUGUUAAAAUGCUUUCUAUUUUUUUCAUUAUUAACUUUUAUUAGUAAAUGAUAACUUAAGCUUCUAAUCCUAGUAGUGGUUAGAAAAAUGAGGAGCCUUUUUUAUUUGAAUUAGAUUUGUAAAUGAAAGCAGCAGUCUGUGAAUAUUCAGAUGACUACUUCAAAGUAGUUCUGUUUUUUUAUUUUUCCAGCUUAUGUUCUCCCACAAAAUAUUUUACUUUGCUGAAUUUUGUGGUUAAUUUGGUGGAUAUAUCCUGCCUUAUUUAGAAUUUUAACUGGAUAGGAAAACUGCCUUUUCAUUAUAAGUGCCCAGUUUUGGUCUCUAGUUUGAAGGUACUACAAACUGCCGAUUAAAAAAAAAAAAACCAACACCCCCACCUUAGUUUUUGUGCUACCCAGAAAAACUAUUCAGUACUGGUUUCAAAGUAGAACUCAACCAGAAUUGGUCCUACACCUAUGUGAGUGUUUAGUAUUUGAAAAAAAGGUUUUGAGUGUGAUAAUCACUACAGAAGUGCUAAAUGUAUUCAGAUUUGCUGCCGAUUGUAUUUAUAACAGUUAUUUUACUUUUGCAGAAAUGUAGCACUUUAACUCCAAAUUUAUAGGAGUAAGAAAAAGGAGGGAAGGUGCACCACAUUUUAAAGUUGCAAAUAAGUGAAAAUUUAUUUUGAAAUCCAGAUUCCCAAAAGGAAAUUUCACCACCCAAGUCACACACUUCUUACCUUUAACAAGCCAACAGACUGACAUAAAGAUUGUUCACAGUUCCUAAGAUUUAGCACAUAUACAAAAAUAAAACUUUAUAAAUUAAA